ACUUUUCACGUUCUAUAUAUUUAUAACCUGAUAUCGUAGAGCUGGGAGUUGUUGUUGUGUUCGUCGGAUCUCGAAGGUCCUUCUUCGGUCUGCUUUUUUACGUUAGGGAAUCCGAAGGGAGAUCUCGAUAAUGGCGGGAGGAAACUUCAUCCAUAGGGUUGUAUCUUACCUCGCAAACGAGAUCAUAGUUAAUGGCUUGGCGAACAGCCCUGCCUUCCAGAGGUUUGCUGUGAGGACAUCAAAGAAGAUGGAAGAAGUCUCGAAAUUGGCUGCACAGAAGCAGCAGGAACUGGCAGAGCAACUGAAGCAAGCUUCCAAGGACUUUGACCCGACCAAGAGACAUUGAGAUCUUCUACGGUCGUAUCUGAAGAUUGGGAUGGAAGUGGGUCAUAAUAGCUUGUGAAGAGAAAGGUUUCUGGAUGUGUAUACACUUUUAGUUUAUUACUUGGGAUCUCUUCAUCGGUCCGUUGAGUCCAGUUGAGUGAAGGAAAUAAUAAAAGAAUCUAACUUUUUCACUCUUGUCAAUUUCCCUUUGUUGCUUUGCUUCCCUCGUGUGUUAUAUAUAAUAUGGUUUUUUUUAAUUA